AAAAGGAUCCCUGAGCCAACACUUUACAACAUAAUUAUCUGUGCAGAACUCUAUGCUGUUAAUUAAAUGCUAUUCCUCUUACCUUAAUUCGGCGUUUCCUGCAGCCAUGGUAUAGUAUUGGGGGAUAUUCGGUGGAGGCAUGUUCAUUGGAGCAUUGGUUGCGGAAGAGCCGAUGGACGUUUGCGAAUGCGCCUGCGGAAUCUGGUGACUUUGGGGAUGGUUCUCGAUUGAUUGAAUUGGAGCUGAUGUACGGGAUCCAUAUGCUGCUGUUGUUGUGGUGGCUGCGGUGGUGGAGGUUGUACGUGGGCCGGCUGGGUUGAGGGCGAGUAGUUGACGGGCGGACUCGAUGUAGGUGCGACAUUUUGGCUGGUGACAGAAGACACCGAUACUGCGGCAGCUGGGUUAUGAUGAUUUGGCGAUGGUUCUGCUUCUUUUUGGGGAGCCGUGUCCGUUGUUGAGGGCCCUGUGGGCGGUGGCACAGUCUCUGGCAUUCUGCUCCGAACCCGCAAGCACACAACACUCUCUUGCCGUAGAGGAGCCCAGUUGUAUGUCUAGUCACGACAGGUGCGAUCGCAACAGCCUAUAGUGCGGCAAUAGCACCACGCAUUGAUCUCAACGGGAGGAUAGGACUCGAAUGGAGGGUGGAAGGUGAGAGAGGGAAAACGAUGGCGGACUCAUCGAAAUCCGAUGAAUAUGUAGCGCAUGGGAUCCUAGACUCGAAACACUGUAGCUCGAUGUAUUAGUUAGAGCAUUGCAACGCGACAUGAAUCUAUGAGUAAUGAGUAAUUGUAUCUGACGGAUAACGCCUGGGAUGCUCAGCGAUGAAUGCUGCGGGAAGCACUUUUUUUUGAAUGCUGGCCGUAAAGUAUUCGAUCGCAAUCAGGCUCGCCACAAGAAGAAAUCACACACAAAACCAACGAGACAUCAAGCAGACGAGAAAAGGCAUCAUCUAGGGCUCGAAUUGGGGCAGCCAUCACAAAAAAGAACAACAACGAGAAAACCACCAAUAAUGACCCAACAGUCCCUACGGAGGAAUAGCAGAGAAAACGGGACAAUGAAGCGGAGGGAAACGAAACACGCCGAUUUGAUUGGGGCAGAGGAGAGAGGCACGGGCAGCUCAAGCGAGAAGCCAAGUCACCGCAGCCUCUCGCCUGUUAUGGACCAACGUACCUGGGGUAAAAUAGGGCCUAGAUAAGCGAAGAAGAAGUAAAGGUGAGCCAGCCGAGAGCUUCUUUUGACCACAGACGUUCUUCUGCUCUGUGUCCACAGCGGGAUCUUCUUCCAGUGCGACGAACGGUGGUGGCUGCGAGUCUGGCGGGCGAUGGAUAGUUACAGCAACUAAGUUAUUUAGCUGGCCGCGAGCGCAAAAAAAUCAAGUGGCAAUUGCCAAGGCAGAGCGACGAUUUCAACGGGUGAUGGGAGAUGGGAUAUACACAGUAAGGAGGUGGUCAACAACUGCUGAUUUAUCUAUUGGAAUGGAUGCCUGGUUUUUGAAUAGACGUGUUCUCCGUCGCGGUUUGGUUUGGUGGAAAUUUUUUAUAUCACCGUGCUGUGGUCGUAAAAAUACCUUUACGCGCCAGUUAUAUCAGAAACAGAUUUUCUCUAUACACAAGGACAACCAUCUGGCUACAUCUUUAAACAGCAG